CAAACUCUGGGGAGGGAAGAGGACAGCUAACUGGUGGCCAUGAUACAGCCAGUACUUCUACUCCUGCUACUGGCAGCCAUGUCCUCACCAGUGUUUGGGACUGAGAUAUCAGUACUAGAGGGAACCUCUGUUACCCUUGUCUGCACAUAUCUAGGAGUUAAAAAGCUUUCGACAUGCUGGGGCAGAACUUGUGGAACUUUUCAGUGUACUGAUCCCAUAAUGGAAGAUAAAUCCAAAUAUAAAAUUAACGCUGAAGUUGGAACAGUGAAUCUCACAAUUUUGAAGCUACAGCCAACAGACCGUGGGAGCUACUGCUGCAGAGUCGAUGUCCCUGGAUGGUUCAAUGAUCUUAAACAAUUCUACAGCCUGAAGGUAGUCAAAGGUUGUGUGAGGGACCUACUGGACGAAGUCCAUUUUCUAGAGAACAAUAUUGCGAAUCAGCCAUUUACAACCGAAAAUGCAAGUAAGUGCAGGCAGGAAUGCACCAAAAAUGACACAUGCAAGUACUUCACAUUUGUUGAUGAAAACGCAGGAUUAAAAGUCCACAGAAACAAAUGUUUCCUGAAGGCCUCAACUGGUCAUACGCCUGAAAUUACAAUACAGCACCUCCAACAUGCAACCUCAGGCUACUCUCUGAGAAACUGCAGUGGGAAAGUCACCUACUCAGUCAAGAAGUACAGCCUCGUCCCUGAGAAGAAAAACUGGACCGAAGCACAAGAAUACUGUAGACAACACUACACAAACCUGUCCAUCAUACACACAGAAGAGGAUUGGAAGGCAAUUCAAUUCUCUUUGGGUGAUUUCAGUGGUGAUGUGUGGAUUGGGCUCCAUAGGUCUGGUCCAACUGAAAAGUGGAAGUGGUCUGAUGGAGAGGACUUCAUGUUCUUUAACUGGGAAAACAGUUUUGGUCUCAACCCUGAGUGUUACGACUGUGUCUCGUCUAUUUCAUCUCAUUGGCAACCAGUGGAUUGUGCAGCUCAAAGACAGUAUAUGUGUCAACGAGUUUGGCAUGGUAAUGGAACAACAGAGAAGGUGUAUGAGCUGAUGCAGGAGCCAAAGACGCAACAGGAUGCUGUGACAGACUGCAGGAAAAUAAACGGCAGAGAACUGGCGAGCAUCUGUAACCAGAAAGAACAGGAAGCCGUUGAUGAGGUGUCUACAGGGAAAACCUGGAUUGGACUUCAGCAGAAGAACAAACUAUGGAAUUGGUCAAAUGGAGAACCAUUUCAGCAAUGGGAACAUACCAUGGGAGGUGGAAACUGUGUACAGCUGAACUCAGACAGAAAAUGGACACCAAAAGAUUGCUCUCGUCAAAGUAUUUUCCUUUGCUAUGGAGAUGAACACCCAGUUAACACCACAGGGGAUUUGACCAUUCCUGUUACCCCUGAAAUCACCAGCCCUAUUUCCACCACAACACCUACCACUUUACUGCCUACUGCUACUAAUGGACAGUCCACCACCUCACCACCUACCACGACUAAUGGACAGUCCACCACCUCACCACCUACCACGACUAAUGGACAGUCCACCACCUCAACCUACCACUCCACCACCUCACCACCUACCACGACUAAUGGACAGUCCACCACCUCACCAACUACCACAACUAAUGGACAGUCCACCACCUCACCACCUACCACGACUAAUGGACAGUCCACCACCCACCACCUACCACGACUAAUGGACAACUUCUCCACCACCUCACCCAUCACAACUAAUGGACAGUCCACCACCUCACCACCUACCAGACUAAUGGACAGUCCACCACCUCACCACCUACCACGACUAAUGGACAGUCCACCAAUCUGCACCACUAAUGGACAGUCCACCACCUCACCACCUACCACAACUAAUGGACAGUCCACCACCUCACCACCUACCACGACUAAUGGACAGUCCACCACCUCACCAACUACCACUACUAAUGGAGAGUCGACAACACCACCAACAUCAACUUCCAGUGGACAACUGACCUCAUCGUGUCCCACCUCCCCAGACUGGAAUCCUACAUCCUCACGCAGUAGUGCAACUUCUCCACUCUAUCCUGAUUACCUGCACUACAUCAACGAGUCCAAGAGCUGGAUCAAUGCCCUGGAGUUCUGUAAAAGUCGUGGCUCCAAGUCCAACCUGGUGCACAUCACCAACCAGACUGUACAGGCUGACGUGACCCAGCUCCUGGCCAAUGUGGAGCUGCCAUGUGGGGGGGUGUGGAUUGGUCUGGAGCGGUCCAUCUUUGAGUGGAGCGCCCCCUGGCUGUGGACCAGUGGUGAUGUUGAUAAAGUGGUGAAGUACAGAGAGUGGCACAGCUGCUUCCCCCUCAACCCCAUGAAUUACCACUGUGGUAAGAUGGUCCGGGUUGACAACGGAGAACUGAAGUGGCUGGAUGCUUCCUGUCAUCAGGAAUUACCCUUCAUCUGUCAAGAUCUCCACCAGGGGGCUCACCAUGGCAGCCUGGACAGUCUGCAGACAGACAAUAUGUAACAGCAUAGUUGAUCUAAUCUACCAGAGACUACCACACUCAAGGUCUGGAAGGAACCUGCAUUUAUAUUGUUACACUACUAUUACUAUUAUUCAUAUUAUUACUGUUAUUAUUAUUUAUAUUACUAUUAUUACAACUUUUUAUUACUUUUAUAUAUAAUUUUCACUAUUACAUUAUAUUACUUAAUGAUACUGUAUGUUCAUUCAUAACCAUUGCUAUUUGACUGUUAUUAACUGUACUAACUUGAUUGUUUAAAAAUAGAGUUGAUAAAAAGUAAAGAAGAUUAUUAAAAUGAAAAUGUAGUAUUUCACUUUUGUGUGAUCACUGUAGCCUACUGUAGAAGAUGGCUAGUUAGCCUAAUGGUUAGAGCGUUGGAUUGGGGCUGAUUGGGUAACUGUUCUGUUGUUCUGCCCCUGAACAAGGCAGUUAACCCACUGUUUCUAGGCCGUCAUUGAAAAUAAGAAUAUGUU